AUGAAGUCUUCAAGUUAUCUGCUCCUGACGGUGACCUCAAUGUGUUACGCCGUUCAGGAUGAUAUACUGAGACUGCUGGAUGGCGAGGAUGUCUCACUAGACCUGGAGUCUUUCUGGCCUUCUGACCACUCCAUCCGUUCACCAGAAGAUGCUUACUCCAGUAAGUCUCAUUCGGCAGCAUUUUUAAAUGAAAUCAACAACGAACUCCGCCAAUGGAAGCACGGACUGGCCACCGCAGAGUGGAAUUACAAAACCAACAUCACCGACCACAACAAAGACGAGUUCACGAACGUGGCCACACGAUACGAAAUCUGGAGGCUUCGACAAAUGAAAGAAGCAAGGCGGUUCAACAUAGAUGUUCUGCCAGAAGAUUUGAGUAGCAAAUUUCCUUGUUCAAAUUGUCUGCGAUCUCCAGUGAUGCCGGAACGCAGAUCUCAGCUACAACAGAUAAUGGAAGGUAGUUACGGGACUGGACAGGCGUGUUUGACAAAUGGCACCUGUUUGGCAUUGGAACCGGAAGUGACGCAUAUAAUGUCCAACUCACGUGACCCAGAACUCCUGAAGGAAGUGUGGCUUCAGUGGAGGAACGGAGUUGGGCCCUCCAUGAAGAAACAUUACGUUGAAUUUAUCAGCUUGCUCAACAUUGGCGCUGUUGAAAAUGGAUUUUCCGACUACAGCCAGUUUUGGAAGCAAGAUCUGUUCUACAAUACUCCAGAACUGGACAGAAUGCUCCAGAAGCUGUGGACUAGCGUCCGACCCUUGUACCUGCAGCUACACGCUUACGUUCGCAGGAAGCUGACGGAGUACUAUGGCAGGAACAUUGUUGGAGAUGAUGGUUCCAUUCCAGCUCAUCUGUUGGGCAACAUGUGGGCACAGCAUUGGUCUAACAUCAUAGACAUCGUCAUCCCGUUCCCAGAAGUCAGCAGAGAAGACCAGAUCGAAGCUCGGCUGAAGACCCAUGUGGACGUCCGAGGAAUGUUCAACAUGGCCGAAAGAUUUUACAAGUCCAUAGGGUUCCACCGCAUGACGCCAACGUUCUGGAAGAAGUCCAUGCUGGAGAAGCCGAAAGGGGACAAUGUUUUAUGUCAAGCUUCAUCAUUUGACAUGUUUUAUCCUGGGGAUUAUAGAAUCAAAAUGUGCUCCGAUGUGACCUACGCUAACUUCAAAACCGUACACCAUGAAAUGGGCCACAUCGAAUACUUCAUGACUUACGCAGACCAACCGACGAUCUUCCGAGAAGGCGCCAAUGCCGCCUUCCAGGAGGCUGUUGGUGAUACCAUAGGCCUUUCCGUGAUGUCUGCGACCCAUCUGAAAGCGCUUGGCUUCGUGGAGAGUGAUGAGAACUGCUUGUCCCGGGAGUCGCUGCGGAUUUUACGACAGAAAGCCACAAUAAACAGUCUUCUACACAUGGCUUUGGAAAAGAUUGCCUUUCUUCCAUUUGGAAUCUUAGUGGAUACGUGGAGAUGGGGCGUCAUGCAGGGCGCUAUAACCCCCGAAAAUUACAACCGGAAAUGGUGGGAACUGAGACUGCAGUUCCAAGGAAUUAGAGCUCCAGUGCCUCGCUCAGAAAAUGACUUUGACCCCGGUGCAAAAUAUCACAUACCUGCAAACUCCAAUUACAUUAGUUACUUUGUCAGCUACAUCCAACAGUUUCAGAUGUACAAGAGCAUGUGUCAGCUCAGCUCCUUCAGAGGGCCCCUGCACGAGUGUGACUUCUAUGGGUCAAAAACUGCCGGCAACAAGCUCAGACAUGUAAUGAGUGACGGCAGUAGCGUCCCUUGGCAGGACCAACUGGAAUAUCUGACCGGAAGUGGACAGGUGACCGCCGACGCCAUCUUGGAGUACUUUCAACCGUUGUACGAGUGGCUUAUACUGGACAACUCCCUACACAAGGAAACUGUGGGUUGGGAGGGAGCCAGUAUCAACUGGCAUGCUCAAUAA